AUGGAAGAGUACAACAUGAGCCCCCCAAAGUAUUGUGUGAUCAUCAACAAUGUUAGGUUUGAAAAUAAUGAGCGUCAUGGAUCAAAUAUUGACGCAGCAGAGGAGAUGAGAAGAAGGCUCAGAGACGUCAGGGAUACAGUGCAGGGAGACUGCUUCGUCUGCUGUGUGCUCAGUCAUGGCUACAGGGAGGGCAUAUUAGGGGUGGACAGUGAACUUGUUUUCGUCAAUGAUAUCAACUCCCUGUUCUCAGGGCCUAACUGCCCGGCUCUGCUCAACAAGCCCAAAGUGUUCUUCUUCCAGGCCUGUCGGAGUUCCAGACCAGUUCCUGUAGCAGACACACCGGAUUUGCAGAAGGACUUUACAGAGGGGGCCGUGCUGGGGGGAAGACCCAUCUCAACACCAGCUUACUCUGACUUCCUUAACUGCCUGUCCACAGUGGAUGAUUAUGUCUCCAUCAGGUGCAUUAAAACAGGCUCGUGGUUCAUCCAAUCCGUCUGCAGACAGCUGAGAGAAGGUUGCUCAGAAAACGUGGACAUUCUGACAAUCCUUACUCAAGUCAAUAUGGAGGUCAGCCAGAAGGACUGCAUGCUCGUGUUGUGA